AUGAUUCACCCCUUGGCUGACAACAGUUUCUGGUUAUGUGAGCGGGUUUCUGGCAACGCCUACAAACAAAAAUAUAUUUCGAACAAGGAAUCUAUAUUGUCUGUUCCUAUUGUCUGUUCUGCCAGAAGUUCCAGCAAAACGUUUGCACAAAGCAAAACCACAACUACUGCUUCGUUUCAGGUCUUGGCUGCAGAGUGUAAGAGCGCGGGCCACAGUGGCGUCCUGAUCCCGAUGAAGUGCGACCUGACCAGCGCGGAGGACAUCCAGUCCUUGUUCGCAGCCAUCAAGGCGCAGCACAAAGGCGUGGACGUUUGCAUCAACAACGCCGGCCUGGCUCACCCCGACUCUCUGCUGAGCGGCAAAACCAGCUCCUGGAAGAACAUGCUGGACGUGAACGUUAUGGCUCUGAGCAUCUGCACUGGUGAAGCGUACCAGUCGACGAAAGAACGGAACAUUGAUGAUGGGCACAUCAUCAACCUGAACAGAUAAGCUUUGUUGCUUAUGAA